GCUUUUUCUCCGAGCGUAGGGCUGCCUUCACCACUGGUGUUCGGUCUCACACAGCAUAGACAGGACUCACAAUCUCUUCCUUGUGUCUUCUAUCUACAGCCAUGUCCCUCUUCCUCCUCUUCGAAAGCGCCUCUGGCUACGCUCUCUUCGAGCGUACCGCCUCCGAGGAGAUCGGCCAGGAGCUCGAGUCGGUCCAGACCGCCAUGCAGGACCUCUCCAAGGCCGGCAAGGUCCUCAAGCUGAAGUCCUUCGCCCCCUUCCAGUCGGCCGCCCAUGCCCUGGAGAACAUCAACGACAUCACCGAGGGUAUCGUCAACGAUUACCUCAAGAACUUCCUCACCGCCAACCUGGCCAAGUCCAAGAAGGUCAAGCUCGGUGUCCAGGAGGCUCGCCUGGGUGGUGCCAUCUCUGAUGCCACCGGUAUCUCGUGCGACGUCAGCGACGUCACCACCGAGCUCCUCCGUGGUAUCCGCAUGCACUUCGAGAAGCUGAUCAAGCAGUUCCGCGAGGGUGACCUCGAGAAGGCUCAGCUCGGUCUGGGUCAUGCCUAUUCCCGUGCCAAGCUCAAGUUCAACAUCAACCGCUCGGACAACAUGAUCAUCCAGGCCAUCUCGCUGCUCGACCAGCUGGACAAGGACCUCAACACCUUCUCCAUGCGCGUGCGCGAGUGGUACUCCUGGCACUUCCCCGAGCUGACCAAGCUCGUCGCCGACAACUCCAUGUUCGCCAAGCUGGUCAGCCUCAUCAAGGACAAGGCCACCCUCACUCAGGACAGCCAUGCCGCCAUCGAGGAGAUCGUCAUGGACGAGGCCAAGGCCCAGAGCAUCAUCGAUGCCGCCAAGUCCUCCAUGGGUACCGACAUUUCCCAGAUCGACAUGAUCAACAUCGAGGCCUUUGCCAACCGUGUGAUCUCCCUGUCGGCCUACCGCCGCGGUCUGUACGACUACCUCCAGUCCAAGAUGAACGUCGUCGCCCCGAACCUGUGCGCCCUGAUCGGCGAGAUGGUCGGUGCCCGCCUCAUCUCCCACGCUGGUUCCCUCACCAACCUCUCCAAGUACCCGGCCUCCACCGUCCAGAUUCUUGGUGCCGAGAAGGCGCUCUUCCGCGCCCUCAAGACCCGCGGCAACACCCCCAAGUACGGCCUCAUCUUCCACUCGUCCUUCAUCGGCCGUGCUGGCUCCAAGAACAAGGGCCGCAUCUCGCGCUACCUGGCCAACAAGACCUCCCUGGCUGCCCGUAUCGAUUGCUUCUCCGACGCGGCUACCACCAAGUUCGGUGAGGCUCUCCGCAACCAGGUCGAGGACCGCCUGAAGUUCUACGAGACCGGCCAGGCCCCGGCCAAGAACAUCGACGUCAUGCAGGGUGUCAUUCACCAGCUGGCCAAGGACGCCCCGGCUUCCUCUUCUUCCUCCUCCGAGGAGGAGACUCCCAAGUCCGAGAAGAAGGACAAGAAGGAGAAGAAGGAGAAGAAGGAGAAGAAGGACAAGAAGGAGGAGAAGUCCGAGAAGAAGGACAAGAAGCGCCGCGCCGAGGAUGACGCCGACGAGUCCGACAAGAAGAAGAGCAAGAAGAGCAAGAAGAACAAGGACUAG